CGCCGUCGGCCAGGACACGCACGGCAGGUAGGCAACGGAAGGAAUCUUCGCGAGCUCUCCUUUUCCCUCCGUGGCGCGCCGCCGGCCUCCCGUCCCCCUCCCCCGCCGUCGCGCUCGUACGGGCGAGAUCCGCACGGCCACAACUGCCAACUCCCACCCGCUCGCUGUCCUGCCCGUCCCAAUCCGCCACGAGAUCGGCCGGCGCCUCUUCUUCUCCUCUUGCCCACCUCAGCCACUCGCUUCUCGAGCUCGAGCUCGCAUCUCUGCUCCGGAGCCCCGGUAGCGCCGCUCCUCCUCCGCUCCCCGACCGUCAUCCCGCAGGUUUGAGACCGGUGCAUUGCUUGGUUGACCCCUACUUGUGGAAAUGCUUGAUUCACUUAUUAGUCAUGACCCGAAGGUGUUGAAUGAGAAGAAGCCUGAUGAGAUAAUUGCGACUGGUGUUGUUGAAAGUCUGAAGAAUUUUCUACGUAAGUGCAUCAUAGCUGUCCUCUCAUAUGGCCCAAUGCCUAAACACAUCGCGUUUAUUAUGGACGGGAACCGCAGAUAUGCUAAAUCCAGAAGUAUCAAGCAAGGCACGGGUCAUAGUGUAGGCUUCUCUGCUCUAAUGGCAAGUCUUAUCUACUGUUAUGAAAUGGGUGUCAAGUACAUCACGGUGUACGCGUUCAGCAUCGACAACUUUAAACGCGACCCUAGUGAGGUGCAGACCCUGAUGGAGUUAAUGGAGGAAAAGAUCAACGAGCUGUUGGAAAACAAGAAUGUCAUCAACAAGGUCAACUGCAAGAUCAACUUCUGGGGGAACCUGGACAUGCUUCCCGAACCAGUGCGGCUAGCAGCUCAUAAGCUGAUGGCGAGCACCGCCGAGAAUACAGGAUUGGUCUUCUCAGUCUGCAUGCCAUACAAUUCGACUUCUGAGAUCGCCAACGCCGUCACCGAGCUCUGCAAAGAACGGAGGGGUACGAUGCAGGGGCAGCAGCAUGCAGGCGGCUGCAAUGGACGAGCCGCGAACGGCGGCGCACGUUCGGAUAUCUCGGUGGCCGACCUGGAUCGCCAUAUGUACACCGCCGGCUGCCCGGACCCGGACAUUGUGAUCCGAACCUCGGGCGAGACCCGGCUGAGCAACUUCCUCCUGUGGCAGACAACAUUUAGCCAUCUGCAGAGCCCAGACCCCCUCUGGCCUGAGUUCUCCUGGAGGCACCUCGUCUGGGCGAUACUGCAGUACCAGAGAGCCUACCCGUACAUCGAGCAGAACAAAGCUCUGGUUAAGAAGCAGCUGUGAACUAGGGGGUCUCGUCCCCUUCCUAAGGAGAUAUAUGCAUAUGGUAAUCAAGAACAUACAAUAAUAACAGAACAGGCGGCUGGCAGAGAAGCAUCCGUCUGUGAAUAAGGGAUCUGAUCUCCUCUUGGAGGAGAUAAGCAGAUACCAAGAAAAGAUAGUUACAGCAACCUGUUGAAAGUUGGCCCUUACUGUUUUUAGUGUAUGAGAGGGGUGUAAUUAUGGGAACCAUGUGUAUUAUGUUGUACAAUUCUUUGUUUUGGCUGUUGCGUUAAACGUUGGCUUGCCACUUAGCCUGAACACGGAGCCAAAUCAAGAAAAUUGUAAAGUGUUGCAAUAUAUAAUAUAAUCAGUACUCCAAGGCAUAUAUAAUUUA